UUUGGUUAUCUGGAUGGACUGAAGGUGCAGAGGUUGUUCUUCGGCCAAGAUGUUGAGAUCUUAAGUCCUUAAGGAAUAAUUUAAGGACAAAUAAUACAGAUGGAGAGAAGCUGUUUCCAUUGUAGGGGUUGAGACCAAAAUGAGCAUGUUUGCUUUUUAAUCUGAGAUGAGCAAUGAGGUGUGGAGGGAGGUUUAGCUGUAGUGCCGAAGGAGGGCGAAUCUGAAAGGACACAAUUUUCAUGGCUGUUGGUUUUGAGAGCAGGAGUGAGACUGGCUGUGUAGCUUGUGUGGAGCUGGUACAGAUUCGUUCAUGACUGGCCUCUCCACCUCGGUGACAUUUUAAAUUUAUGAUGCCAAUAACCUAUGUCUGCUCAGGCAAAAUUGCUCAAGAGUCAGUAGAAACUGAUGUGAAAUGAGUUUUCAAUAAUGCUGAGUUGCUUCAUAUUUAAAAACCUAAUUGACGUUGAGAUGCAUAUGGGAUCUGAGGAAGGAAGUUGACUCUGACUCUCCAAUGGGCUCUUUAGAGUGGCAGUGAGGAAAGGAGAUGGGGUUGGUUAAUGCUAGAGUCACGUUGUCUUAGUGCUCCCACCAACCUCGUGAACCAGCUGAAAUUGCGGUCUAUAUUUACACAGAUGCCUGAGCUAGGGAGUGGGAUUACUAGCAAGCUCUUUCAGCCAUUAGAACACUACUUUUCUAUGACUCUUAAAUCAGGCAGCACUCAUGAAGCAGAAUAAACAGUUGACAUUUCGAGCCACUUGUGUGCUCCAAAUGAUAUCGUUUCAAAGUCAAAGAAGUCAAGAGAUAAGAAAUACAGAUUGAGUGGGCAGCCAGAGAUUUUUUUUCCCCAGGGUGGGAAUAGCUAAUACUGUGGACAUAAUUUUAAGGUGAUAUAGAGGGAUUUGUUUUACAUGGGUAGAGGUAGGUGUAUGGAAUGAACUUCCAGGUGUGGUAGUAGAGGCAGAUAUGUUGGGGGCAUUUAAGAAACUCUUUAGGCACAUGGAUGAUAAAAAUAGAGGACUGUGGAGGGAAGGGUUAGAUUGAUCUUGGAGUAGGUUAAAAAGUUGGCACAACAUCAUGGGCUGAAGGGCCCGUAGUAUGCUGUAAUGUUCUAUGAUAGACCAGAUGUCGGCACAGCAUUUGCGGGUGUUGGAAGAUGAGUUUUGGGGAGAGAUUUAACAAAAAACACACUGGACUGACCAGCUUUUCAGAGGAUGGAUUCUUGAAUCUGAUAUUCUAUUCAACAAAUGCGAAGCUGUUCCCCAUGUGUAUCGGUCACAAGACAUCUUGGUUUUAGCUGAAUCAUGGGAACUAAUUGCAAUUCUUCUAGGGGGUGAAAAAGCUUUAGGUCCAAGGGCUCAUCAUUCUGCUGUCUAAGCAACAGUUCAGUUGGUGGGGAGAAGAGUGGAGGUCAAGCAAAUCUUUCCACAGGACCAAAUGAGUGAGUGACUGAGAAGAGGAGCAUAAUGCUGCUUUGUUAUUAAGCUCUUUUUGUUUUCUCCCCUAUCCCCACUGCUUCCUCUGUCCUGAGGUACUGUGUCAUAUAAAGUGGCCAUCCUGAUCAUGAUUUAUUUUGUGCACAUGCACCAGACCUGCCAAGAUGGGUAGUGCUAGCAAACGCAAAGUGGAUGUGGUUCAUUAUGGGCUGGAACUACCAUUUAAACCAGUGUGGCAAACAAAACACAAGUUAUUGCUACAAGGUUCUGAGAAUACAGGAUUGAAAAGCUGUUGGGUGCGCAAAAACUCUUGGCCAAAUGAGCGGUGUAGGACCUAGAGCUCACGACUUGCUUGGUGGAGAACAGGAUGAGAGGACCGCGUGGAAGAUUGCCCUGCUUAACAUCGUGGCUGAUAGAAGUUGCUGGUCGCAGUCGACAGUGCAUGACCUCUGCUGGACCUGGGAACAGAUACCGAAGAAGAUGGCACACACUGAGGAAACUGCCAAGACCUUGAGGAGCAGGCUUCUGAAGGCACUGAGCAAGGCUACACCCUAUUGUCUAUUUCAGCAACGUUUGCUAGCUAGCACCCGUACAUCUACAUGACGAUGCAGGUGGUGAGCUAGGACAUGGCACCGAUCUCGGGCAUUGCACUCAUUGUGGUUGGUAUUGUGGUCCAGACCAAGCUGAAUGGCACACUGCACAUCACCAGUGUUGCUGCCUCUGGUGCUCCCAUUGUCAUCAUCAUAGUUGGCGUGGUCAUCAACUUCGUGGCCUUCUUUGGUUGCUGUGGUGCCUGGAAUGAAAAUUACUGCAUGAUAACCACGUUUGCCGUUCUUCUGGUCCUCAUCUUUCUUGUGGAGAUUGCUGCUGCCAUUGCUGGUUACGUUUUCAAGGACAAGAUUCGCGAUGCCUUUGAGAAGUCGUUUAAUCAAACCAUGGAGAGGUACAACCAGACGACUAGCAAUGACAUUGACAAUUGGCAGGAACAGUUCCACUGCUGUGGUAGUGCCGACUAUCAUGACUGGUUGCUGCCGCUGAAUAACACUGUGCCAGAUUCUUGUUGUAAGCAUGUCUCUAAAGAUUGUGGCAAGGAUGUUACUGCUGCAAACAUAUACACGCGGGGCUGUGUGCAGCUUAUUAAUGAUUGGCUUAAAAACAACAUUGUGAUCGUGGCAGGUGUGGCUCUUGGAAUUGCCUUAUUCCAGCUCCUUGGAAUUAUAUUUGCAUGCGUGCUGAUGAAAGGCAUUAAAAGUGGCUAUGAAGUAAUGUAGUCUUCAUCUCAACAGCCAAUGUUCAUUGAAUACCUUUUGUUUGUAUUUUUGCCACAACUGUGAACUUUGAUCACAAUGAAUAUUCUUUCGUUAAAAGAAAAUGAAUGUCUGUGCCUUUCUCCUUCCUUACUUUUGACAUAUGAGCACUAAAAUGUAACCAAGGUGACCCAGUAAAUGCUACUCAUUUUCUACCCCCUACCUGCUCUACAAAUGUCUUGUAUCAUCAUGUUUUUUUUUCUUGUAAAAGACAGAUCAUGUGCAGAGUGUGCUUUAGUUUGUUGGGGGUUAUUCAGCUGUACUGUAGGGGCUAUGAUUUAGGGUGGAGUUUCUCCCUCAUUUCAAGGAGGACUUUCUGAUGAAAUGUUUGUCAGCAUGUUUUGUGUUGCUCACCAGCCUCUGCAAUCAUCAGGCAACACUCCAUUGUGUUUGGUCACGAGGCCACAGCACUUUCUGCAGCUCAAUCUGUAAAAUGUGCUGUUAGCCUUUUCCAGGAUAAUGUCCCCUUCACUUUUCUCUCAAUCUCUUGAAAGCUUUAUUUAUUUAUUUUUUUUGAGGGCUUUAAUAGCUUGUAUUGCCACACCCUGGCUAUUUAACCUUGCAACUUUAAGCAGCUAGAUGACUCCCAAUGGAGAAGUUGGCGAUCACUAGGAGUAAUUUUUCUUUCCCUUGCCAAGGAGCUAAUAUAAUUGGGAGUUCUGCUUCCACUUGCAUGUCCUUGGCCUGUUUAUUCAGUUGUGUCCAGCUCACCCAUUGGAAGUGGUUUACAGUUCCACUUGAUCAAAAUUCUCUUCGAGGCAAUCUCCGAUAUCUAGGGACGCAGAACCCUGAUAUGACUGUCUUUCUCCUUGUGCUCUUCUUCCCCCGAGUGAAACUUGUAAAGUUGAAACAAACAUGCUAGAGUGAGGGCACAGUAACCUUUUCAUCUUGAUCAAAGGCUUUGGCUUGCAGUCUUUUCACCCUCGAGGUGAAAGAUUGGCUCUGUGUUGUAGACCAUUGGUUUGACAUCUAAAAGCUCAUGGCACGUGAGCUCUCCUGCUGGCUCCAGUCUGUUGUUUGAUCUAUACACCUGAUGGGCAUGCCUUUAACACCUUGUUCCAUUUUCAAUUUCCCACUCCUAAACUUCAGCCUAUGACUUCACUUGAAGUUUUGUCAAAGGUGAUCUGGGAAGGCAGGCCAAGACAUUUUUUUAAAAUAAAAUGUUUUCUUUUGUUUUUUUUUGGACCAGGCUUUGGGCUGCUGCAAUGGUGGGGUGUUUACUGUCUCCACAGAGUGAAUGAAAAUGCCUUUAUAUUUUGGGGAAAUACUAAGGCCUGACAUAUCACUUCAUGAAGCUUAAAUCUGCAAUGUCAUUUGUGCACUUCCCACCAUUCCUUGCCCCACCACUUCCUGUCUUAGUCACGUUAGUAUAUUUGGUUGUAUUGGAAGUUGCUUCUUUUCAAAUUAGAUCUUGAGAACUUCUAAGAAACUGUGCCAGCACCACACCCUUUUGCAUUCUGUUUGUGCCAUGGUUAUUCAGGAGGUAAUCAAGAGUUCUUGUAUAUUGAGUGGGGUGCAGUUUACUUCCCAACACCUUCCCCAAAGCCAAUUCAAAGAAAAGCCCCGCUGUUCUGUUUCAAAGGACAUUCCAACUUCAAGUCACUGCCUCCUAUGGCAUAUGUGUGCAACCUCACUGAGGGGUAGUCUCUUCACAUCCCAUCCUUAAACUUCAUAAGGGCACCUGAAAACAACACUGCUUCACAGCUUUCUGAUCACUCUUGGAGAGGAGGGUUGGGGAUCCUUUGACAGAAUUCUAAAUUUGAUGUAUUUUCUAUCCAGUUUGUAAGCAUGGAAAUGUGACCGCAUGCUAUUUUCAAUAUGGUUCCUUGUUUAUUCAAGUGUUGAAUUUCUGAUGUUCUGUAUGUGGCAAAAUAAACAUUUUCUAGGUUGUA